AUGUUUUCGAUACCGGCCCACCAAAACAAUAAACUCUUAUUGAUUGCUAUCAAGCCCCUCCCAACUUUACUGCAAAAAGCAGCGUUGAUCAUUUUCAUUCCACAUGAGAGAGAUGCGGUAAUUCAAGGCGGCCAGAAGAUCUACUUUGCGUUAGGCGAGAAACAGAAGAAGAAGGAAAACUGGUAAGU